ACUAGUCUUCGAUCCCUACAAACUCUAUCGCAACCACCCGAUGUACCACUGGCACCAUCGUUGGCACCAUCACCGCGGCGGCUCGCGCCUGCUUUGGUUCCUCUUCGGCGCCGGCGGCGCCGUGCUCUGGAUGAAGCACAAAGAGUGCCACAGCUACGAGCCCAAGCACUGUAUGCGCCACCGCCUCCCGCCCGAGGCGUACCCACCCCCGACACAGACUCAGACGCAGACCGCCCAGCCGGCUGCUGCUGCAGAGAGCGCGCCCGAGCAGUUCCCGCCGCCGCAGAGGAAGUGGGAGUGGGGCUGGCCGCCGAGGGAGGCGCAGGCGCAGGUGCAUCAGCAGAAGCAGGAGGACCACCGCGUGCUGCCCCCGUUUGCGAAUCCAAGCGAGGGCUGGGAAGACGAGACACAGCGUUUGCAGAAGAUGACGCAGCAGGCGACAGAGACGCUCGCCGAUAUCUCUGAAGCAGGCUUGGACUCGUUGCUUUCCACGGUCGAAUCGCUUAAGGCGAAAAUUGUCGAACGUCGGGAACAGCGUCAGCGGGACCAAGCUGAGCAGCAGGUCGCGCGCGAGGAACGCUUCCGCCAGUUCGAGGAGUGGCGUAAGCAACAGGAACAAUACGAGCAAGAAAAGAAGAAGCCUCGGCUUGUGUAAAUUGAGGGAUUACUACUGGGAGUUAUAUCACCUUGCGGACGUUUAUUUAUUGAAGCUUUGUUCUGUUUAUGUUUCUGACCAUGACUUUUGCGUGCACUCUUAGUCUCAAAGCUAUAUCUCAAUGUUGAAAUGGUACCACCUAAUCUACUCUUGGCUCUAAAUCU